AUGUCCACCAGCCUGACCACUUGUGAGUGGAAGAAGGUCUUCUAUGAGAAGAUGGAGGUGGCAAAACCAGCAGACAGCUGGGAGCUCAUCAUAGACCCCAACCUCAAGCCCAAUGAGCUGGGCCCUGGCUGGAAGCAGUACCUGGAGCAACAUGCCUCGGGCAGGUUCCACUGUUCCUGGUGCUGGCACACAUGGCAGUCUGCCAAUGUGGUCAUCCUCUUCCACAUGCACCUGGACCGUGCCCAGCGUGUUGGCUCAGUGCGCAUGCGCGUGUUCAAGCAGCUCUGCUACCAGUGCGGCACCUCGCGACUGGACGAGUCCAGUAUGCUGGAGGAGAACAUCGAGGGCCUGGUGGACAACCUCAUCACCAGUCUGCGCGAGCAGUGCUACGAUGAGGAUGGUGGCCAGUACCGUAUCCACGUAGCCAGCCGGCCGGACAGCGGAUUGCACCGCAGCGAGUUCUGCGAGGCCUGCCAGGAAGGCAUCGUGCACUGGAAGCCCAGCGAGAAGCUGCUGGAGGAGGACGCCGCUUAUACCGAUGCCUCCAAGAGGAAGGGCCAGGCCGGUUUUAUCUCCGGCUUCUUCUCAUUUCGUUGGUGCCUGUUCUGGGGCGCCCUCUGCCUGGUCAUUGUCUACCUGCAGUUCUUCCGAGGCCGCUCUGGCUUCCUUUAG